GGCUCAUCUUGUAUUUAUUUUCGUCAGAGAAUCCGCUGAUUGGCUAGCGAUUACGUGAUACGGCAGGAUGUUGUUUGUCGCUGGGUGAUGAGGGAGUGUGGAGGCGCUUGAGUCGCCGGUAUUGGGAGAUAGGGAGGGAAUGGCUGCGGCCGCUCCGUCAGCGGCUCCCUCCGCGCCUCCUCCUCCUCCCCCUCCUCCGCCGCCCGGGUCAGGAAGACUGCCGGGCCGUGUGUUGGAGCUGGUCUUCUCCUACCUGGAGCUGGCCGACCUCCGCAGCUGCGGCCUAGUGUGCAAGCAUUGGUACCGCACUCUGCAUGGGGACGAGAACAGCGAGGUGUGGAGGAGUCUGUGUCUGAGGACAGUCAGUGAGGAGGCCCUGAGGACUGAUGUACUCUGCAACCUGCCCACAUACAAGGCCAAGGUUCGAUCUUGCCAGCAUGGGUUCAGCUCCAAUGACUGCUCAAGAAAUGUAUAUAUUAAAAAGAAUGGCUUCACUCUUCAUCGAAAUCCAAUUGCUCAGAGUACUGAUGGCGCACGCACCAAAAUUGGCUUCAGUGAAGGGCGCCAUGCCUGGGAGGUAUGGUGGGAAGGGCCACUUGGUACGGUAGCCGUUAUUGGCAUUGCUACAAAACGGGCUCCUAUGCAGUGCCAGGGAUACGUGGCACUACUUGGAAGCGAUGACCAGAGUUGGGGAUGGAACCUAGUUGAUAAUAAUCUGUUGCAUAAUGGAGAAGUCAAUGGAAGCUUUCCACAGUGCAACAAUGCACCCAAAUACCAGAUAGGUGAGCGAAUCCGAGUAAUUUUGGAUAUGGAAGACAAGACCCUGGCCUUUGAGCGUGGAUAUGAGUUUUUAGGGGUGGCUUUUAGGGGACUUCCAAAGACCUGCCUAUACCCAGCAGUGUCAGCUGUGUAUGGAAACACAGAAGUGACUUUGGUCUACCUUGGAAAACCAUUGGAUGGAUGAUUUUACUCCAGAAGAUUACCGUGGUCGGGCAGGAGUGACUGAGCAUGCAAGAGAGCAGAAGACAUGACCUGAUCUGUGGAUACCCACCAGAGAAGUGAUCAAAGGAUCCUCCUUCCUUACCUUCAGGCUUGGAGUUUCAACAGAACACAUUUGCUGGUCGUCUGUGGGUGGUUGCUAUGUGUAUGGAGAUUAAGGGGGUUUUUCUUCUGUCCCCUCCCCCAACAUUGUUUGUUUUUUUGUGUUGGUUUGGUGGUUUGUGGGGUCAAUACGGAUGUAGAGAUUGAGGGAGUUGUAUACUUCCCUGCCUGCCUCCUUCCAAUCUCAGGGCAGGAAUCCAAGGUCUGGCAUUCUUAAUUUUGUUUUUUUUGUUUGUUUUUUAACACUCUGGUCUGAACAUCCGGCACAGGUUACUGUGGUGGUUUUUAAUCAUACAGCUGGGUAUUUUUAACUGUAUAUUUAAGAUGGUAUCUGCAUGAUGCCUUUUUUUAAUUUUAUUUUUCUAGUUUUAUCUGAGUCUAAACAGAGAAUACAGGUCUACUUUGCCCCCUCCAAUCCCUUGGCCUUAUUUGCACAGGUGUUUUUGGGCAUCUUAUAGUGCAUCUGCAUGCCUUUUUAACUUGAAAGCCUCUUCCCACCAGAAACCUAAACCUUGCAAACACUUGUUAAAAACGCUUGCAGUUCUAAAAUCUACAGCAUGAAUGGGGCUUUAAUCAUUUGGCUCAGGUCAGGCUUUAUUAAAGGGAAAUCAUCAUAACGUUUAUAUACUUUUUAGUAUUUUAAAAUGAGUACAUAUUAGUCAUCUGUGCAAUUGUGAUGUGUUAUGGGUAUAUUAUUUUGUGGGUGUUUUUUUUUUUUUUUUUUUUAUCCAGUUCCUAAAAUAUGUAUAGAGAAAUUAUGCUAUUUUAUAAAUCCGUUUUAUGAGGCAAUUAUAGUAUGAAUUAUGUAUUGGAUUCCCCUAUAAAAAAUAUAGCAUGUUUAUUAUGGUAAGCUCUGUUUUGCUACAUCAUACUGUAUGUAAUGUGCAGAUGGAAUGGCUACCUUCAGUAGCAGAUUUUCAACCAGAUCUUGCUUGUUUCCCAAUACAUCUUGGUGUGGAAGGCUAUAUAUGGAAAGACACACAGGUACUCAAUGUAAGAUGCAUGCAGCACCUGUGCUUUGACUGGCAGAUGGUGUGCUACUGCCCAGUGGGAAGGAUAUUUUGAAUACAUAACGGAUGGAAACUGGGACUCAAGUGUUCAGACACUGCAGUUUGCUUUUGCUUUCUAAGGUUGUAUUACAAAAUGAGCUCUUCACUGUAUGGUCCUAUGUACUGAGCUGCCUGGCUCAAACAUUGGCCAGAAACCUGCACCCCAGGCCCAUUUGGCAUGUCUGCAGACUGAGCCUUAUGUGUAAAGAGUGGUGUCUGUAUAGUCUCCAGCAUUUCCGUCUAAUAGCCUGCUUAAGGCCCCAUACAGUGGCCCAUCACAGUAUGGCCUUCUUGAUAUUGGAUCAUGCUGCAACUUAAAAAUGCGUUGAAUAAUGGCCUUUUAAUUAUGUGGAAGAUGACAUUUUUGGAGAAAUCGAUUGUGCUAAUUUGACAAAACA